AGACACCGCGUCCUCAGCGCGGGGCACGCCGGGAGUUGUAGUUCCCUGACGGCGCGGGGCACGCCGGGAGUUAUUGGCCUCAGGGGGCCGUGGUUCCGCUGUCCCGCCCAGCGCCCGGUCCCCUGCGCAUGUGCCUGGGCUGCGGCGGGGCCAGUCCUGUCCGUACGAGCUGGGUCAUGGCGGCAGCCGGAGCCCCGUCGGGCGGAGGGGCCGGGAGCUCCAAGGUGGCGCCCAGCGUGGAUUUCGAUCAUAGCUGCUCCGACAGCGUGGAGUACCUGACCCUCAACUUCGGGCCCUUCGAGACGGUGCAUCGGUGGCGCCGCUUGCCGCCCUGUGACGAGUUCGUAGGGGCCAGGCGCAGCAAACACACCGUGGUUGCCUAUCGGGAUGCCAUCUACGUGUUUGGUGGUGACAAUGGAAAAACAAUGUUGAAUGACCUAUUGAGAUUUGACGUAAAGGAUUGCUCUUGGUGCAGGGCUUUUACCACAGGGACCCCUCCAGCACCCCGGUAUCACCAUUCAGCGGUAGUCUAUGGGAGCAGCAUGUUUGUGUUUGGUGGCUACACUGGAGAUAUAUAUUCCAAUUCCAAUUUGAAGAAUAAAAAUGAUCUUUUUGAGUACAAGUUUGCAACUGGCCAGUGGACAGAGUGGAAGACUGAAGGAAGAUUGCCAGUUGCAAGGUCAGCUCAUGGUGCAACAGUGUAUAGUGAAAAACUGUGGAUCUUCGCAGGAUAUGAUGGAAAUGCACGGUUAAAUGAUAUGUGGACGAUUGGCCUACAGGACAGAGAGCUAACAUGCUGGGAAGAGAUUGAACAGAGUGGUGAGAUCCCUCCUUCAUGCUGUAAUUUUCCUGUGGCUGUUUGCAAAGACAAGAUGUUUGUGUUUUCUGGCCAGAGUGGAGCAAAGAUCACCAAUAAUCUCUUUCAGUUUGAAUUCAAGGAGAAAAUUUGGACACGAAUUCCUACUGAACACUUACUUCGGGGCUCCCCUCCUCCUCCACAGCGAAGAUACGGUCACACCAUGGUUGCCUUUGAUCGCCACCUCUAUGUGUUUGGUGGUGCUGCAGAUAACACAUUGCCAAAUGAACUUCACUGCUAUGAUGUGGACUCUCAAACCUGGGAAGUUAUCCAGCCUAGUCCAGAUAGUGAGGUGGCCCAUCCAGAAGUUGCUGAGAGAGUAGCUGCCCCAGAAGACGCUCCUUCCUUCUCAGAAGAACGUGGUUUAAAAAAAUCUCGAGAUGUAUUUGGUUUAGAUUUCGGCAUAACAACAGUUAAACAACAGCCCACAGCAGACUCUGAGCUGCCAAGUGGGAGACUCUUCCAUGCUGCAGCUGUCAUCUCAGACGCCAUGUACAUCUUUGGUGGGACAGUGGACAAUAACAUUAGAAGUGGAGAAAUGUACAGAUUCCAGUUUUCUUGUUACCCAAAAUGCACUUUACAUGAAGAUUAUGGAAGACUGUGGGAAAACAGGCAGUUCAGCGACUUGGAGUUUGUUCUGGGAGAGAAGGAAGACCGAGUCCGGGGACAUGCAGCCAUUGUCACAGCUCGCUGUAAGUGGCUAAGGAAGAAAAUUAUGCAGGCAAAGGAGAGAUUGAAACAGAAAUCAAAGCAAGAGAUUGAAGAAGAGGGACAAGCACUGUCCCAGAACGAGGGGAUUUGUGGCAAUGUCAAGCUGUGCUGCCUGCAACCCCUGCUGGAAGUGACAAUCCGAGAAGCUGACGCUCAGCCCUUUGAGGUGCUCAUGCAGUUCCUGUACACGGAUAAAAUAAAAUACCCACGCAAAGGUCAUGUGCAGGAUGUACUACUUAUCAUGGACGUGUACAAACUAGCCCUGAAUUUCAAGCUCUCGCGACUGGAACAGCUCUGCCUCCAGUAUAUUGAAGCAUCUGUAGAUCUACAGAAUGUGCUCAUUGUGUGUGAAAAUGCUAACAAGCUUCAACUGGAUCAACUAAAGGAACACUGCCUGAACUUUGUGGUUAAAGAGUCACAUUUUAAUCAGGUAAUAAUGAUGAAGGAAUUUGAGCAUCUUUCCUCAUCCCUGAUAGUGGAGAUAGUACGAAGAAAACAGCAGCCUCCUGUUCGAACACAUUCCGAUCAGCCUCUGGAUAUUGGAACAUCUUUGAUUCAGGAUAUGAAAGCUUAUCUAGAAGGAGCUGGGAUCGAGUUUUGUGAUAUCAUCCUCCUGUUAGAUGGCCAUCCAAGACCAGCACAUAAGGCAAUUCUGGCAGCCCGCUCCAGUUACUUUGAAGCCAUGUUCCGUUCCUUCAUGCCAGAAGAUGGACAAGUAAAUAUUUCUAUAGGUGAAAUGGUUCCCAGUAAACAAGCAUUUGAGUCUAUGCUGAGAUACAUUUACUAUGGUGAAGUGAACAUGCCUCCUGAAGAUUCCCUCUACCUCUUCUCUGCCCCUUAUUAUUAUGGUUUCUACAACAACAGACUUCAAGCAUACUGCAAGCAGAACCUGGAAAUGAAUGUUACAGUGGAAAAUGUGCUCCAGAUUUUAGAGGCAGCUGACAAGACACAGGCUCUGGACAUGAAGAAGCAUUGCCUACAUAUCAUUGUUCACCAAUUCAUCAAGUGUUAUGCAGUUGUUGCUCAGUUUCAAGGAGGGUCAACAGAAGACUUCAGCCUAGCUGCUAGAAGUUGGAAGAUUAUAUAGCCUGUCUUUGAAUUGUCUGCAAAGCUUCAGAUGGGGUUUUACAGAAGCUUGCUAAAUCCAUAGGGUACUUGAUCUUGUAUCUGAUGCUGGUUGCUGUCAGGAUCUGCUUUAUGCCAUUGAAUGCAGUUCUCUUUUUGUUAAGCUCAGUUGAGAAGACAGGUAAAAGAGAAAUGUGAUGGCCUUUCUGCAUAAGGGUUUUAGCUUUUCUGGCAGCAUUCAUUGACAUUACUUUAUCAUUGAACAUCAGCAGUUUGAAGAUGUUGGGUCUGGGCUUGUCAGAGUUCUGCCUUCUAGCACCAGGCAUUUGAUGAACCCUUUCAAUAUCUAAUAGGGGCAGCUGGGGUCCAAUUUAAAUAUGUCAGAAAGCAGCUUCUCGAGAAAGUUGAUAAUAUCCUUCUCCUCUAGACCUUCAUCAAUGCCCAAGAGGCAAGAUUGGCUCUUUGAGAUCUGUUUUCAAAGUUGUUUUUCUUUUAGUUUGUCUAGUCUAAGUUUGUAUAGUUAAUGUAUUUUCUUCUUUAAUUUCACUGGUUUCAAUGGCAGUCUUUUAUAGCUCAUUUUCCAAGUGAGCCAUUUGGGAUUUUACAUGAAUAUCGUUGAACAUUGAAUCCAGUCUGUGGGGAAUUCUUUCAGAGCUGUGAUACGCUGGGUGAGGCUCUGCUGUGGCCUUGAGAUCUCCACCUUCAGAAGUUGAGGUGAUUCAGGCUUAGCGCUUUUGUUGCCUCUCAUUUUUUCAUUGGAAUCCAUAGUCAACUGUUUGAAGUUUAUCUAGGGGAUUAAUUUAAAACUUUUAUGACAUAAACUUAUUGUCAAUUUGCUAGGAAAGUAAUUAUGAGAGAGAUAAUAGGUCUGGGACUAGGCAGCCAUCUUCCUCAUGGGUCUGCUUUGUCCCAUUCAGUUGGUUUGUACUGUUGUUAUAAUUGCAGUAGCACCCAGAGACCAGAUGAGAGUAGGACCCCAUUGGGCUGGGCACUGGUGAAGCCACAUUUGGAGUAUUGUGUCCAGUUUUGCCCCCCCCCCCACUACAGAAAGGAUGUGGACAAAUUGGAGAGAGUGCAGCGGAGGGCAACGAAAAUGAUUAGAGGGCUGGGGCACAUGACUUAUGAGGAGAGUCUGAGGGAACUUGACUUAUUUAGUCUGCAGAAAAGAAGAGUGAGAGGGGAUUUGAUAGCAGCCUUCAACUACCUGAAGUAGGGUUCCAAAGAGGAUGGAGUGAGGCUGUUCUCAGUAGUGGCAGAUGACAGAACAAGGAGCAAUGGUCUCAAGUUGCAGUGGGGAAAGUCUAGGUUGGAUAUUAGGAAAAACUAUUUCACUAGGAGAGUGGUGGAAACUCCAUCCUUAGAGGUUUUUAAGGCCCAGCUUGACAAAGCCCUGGCUGGGAUGAUUUAGUUGGCAUUAGUCCUGCUUUGAGCAGGAGGUUGGACUAGAUGACCUCCUGAGGUCUUUUCCAACCCUAAUCUUCUAUGAUUCUAUGACAUUGUGAGUGCCCAAAGGUCCCUUCAGCAGCCACUCCCUGUCUUCUCCUGCUAUCUUGAAACUCUGGUUGUCCCUGCCCUGGUGUCUGUUCCUCAUUUUGUCAUGGCUGUGUUAGGGAAAGGACUUGUGCAGGGGAAGUGUGUGUGUGUGUGUGUGGGAUGGGGUUGGUGUCUGCAAAAUUCUGGACUGCAGGAAUGAUGUGGGGAGGGGUAACCCUGGCUGAGUCUUAUCUCCCCAUCUCCCAACUGUAGCUUUUGUGUCUUCUCCAAGCAGCUUUCCUCCCAGAUGUACAGAGGACAUUGGUCUCACUGGAUGAUGAUCUCCUAGCAACAGGCAGAGGCCAGGUGUUGAUGCUGAUUCUUUUAGGACACGCCCCUUUGAUAUCACUGACCAUGAGGCACUGAAGAUGACUAUACAGACCUCUGGGUAGCUGAUGGUGUGAUUGGUUCUCUCUCCAAGGUCUCAGAGGCUGGUACCUUAAGAGCCAUUUCAUGCUGUGCACUGCACAGUGCUCAUGGCUCUUGUGCAGCUUUGAGGGAGUUGGUAAAGCAGUCUGGGCUGCAAUGCUGCCAGCAUACCAGUUCUUUCAGCUCUGUGUCUUUACAGCAGAUCUGGAGCAGUAGUCUCCAUUUUCCUAUUGUCUGGCCCAAGAGUGGGCUCGGGAAAGCUAGAUGGUUGAGUCUCAGUCUGGACAAGACAGAGCUAUUGAUAGGUGGAUGGGCAGAGAUGAUCUAUGUAACCGUCUCUUAGUACCACCCCAAUGGUACUAAAACUCAUUAUUCCUCCCUUUUUGGGCUCAGUGACUCACCGUUGGGGCUCAGUCUUUCUGUCAUAAAGCUGAGGGCUGCAGAUCAGUCUCAAGCCCUCUGUAAAAGAGACAAAAAUGGCACCUUCCUUCCAGAGAUGCCAAAGCCAUGAAAAAAAUGCAGAAAUUGGGCUUGUUUUUGGCUUAAUUGGCUUGUGAGUUGCUUGUUGGCUAGUUUCUGGCUUGUUGCUUGUUUGGCUUGUAGCUUGUUGCUUCUUUUUUUUGAUAGGCUCCCGGCAAACAGGCGGGGGGGGAGAGAGUCAGGAGUGCACAGCGGGACCACCACAGGCCCAGACUGCACACAAGGGGGAUCUAGUCCCAUAGAGUGUUGGGGUUCUUAGAGAUUGGCUUGUUUUGGCCUUGUUUUGAAAUGGGAUUAGCUCGAUUUUUGGCUUUUUCUGAAAUUCGGGGUGCUUAUUUACCGCAUGAAAGUUGGCAACUGUGCUUCCUUCUUCAGGGAGCAACUCUGAGCUGCUUCUCCUCCAGCUGCUAUAACCUUCCCCCUGAAGCCAGCACUUCCCCUUUCUGGGCUCAGCCAUGAACAGAUUCUUCAGGGCCUGUAGGUGCUUUCCACAGGUUGUUCCAUCAGGGUCUUGCUGCAGUCCCCCAGGUAGUUUGUCUCUCCAGUGUUGAUGGGGCAGGCAGUCUCCAUUCCAUUUCCAUAGAACUCUGCCUGCUGCUGGCUAUGGGAGAUACACAGGGUCUAUGCACACACCUCUUCAAGGUUACUCGGCCCAUUCUCAGAGACCUGUUGAAUCCUUGGCUGCUUCUGGAGUAACAGGAAGCAGCAGAAGCUAUUUUCAUCUUCCCUCAGUGAGGAAAUGGCUUCCUUUGCUCCUGGAGGUGGAUUUUGCCACAGCUGUCCAUUCUUUGUCAUGUUGAAAUGUACAGGGCUUGGGCUACUCUUGAAGAUCACUCAAAGAUCACUUCAUUUAAGGCAGAAUGUGCGGGCUGCUCACAUGGAGCAUAUUCCACUUGCUGCCAGUUUGGUCCAGAUGCAAUUGAAGAUGUUGAUUUGGAUUUAUAAAGCCUAUAUGUUUUAGUCCUAACUCCUGUAUACAUCGACUGUUUCUUCAUGCACCACCCUGACAUCUGAGAUCAGCUGAGAGGCUCUCUAACAAGCCCCAGAUUUGAACAUUAGUAAAGGGGGCAGAAUGUUCUCACAGCUGGGGUAGGGGAAUAAUCUGUGUGCAAGUUUCUUGUUUUGCUCAGGACUGUGACAGUGCUUUGAAUGAUUUCUGUUGACUUUUUGUUAAUUUUGUUGUGCUCUAAUAUAUAUAACGUGGAUUGUGGUGGUGCCUAAAGCUGAAGAUAGAUGCAGUUUACACAUUUUAAAACAUGUGCAUGUAUCAAACCAGGAAACCAGUGAAUGUGCCAGAGUCAAUGUGGCAGUGAGGGUCAGGAAUCUGCUUUUCCCCUUCCGGGUCUGACACCUGAAUGUUAUCUCUCCUUUCUGUCUCUCCUUUAUCAUUCCCAUCCAAGCUCUUGCUAAGUCUUGGUGCUUCUUCCUUUAUAGUAUCUCCAGAAUCCAUCCUUUCUUCUCCAUCUCUCCUGUCCAAACCUUUCCUGGGUGAUCUCCCAACCAGAUUAUUGCUGCCUCCUUCCUGUGGCCUACGUGACUCUGACUCCUCUCCAGUCUGUAUAUCGUAUAGGUGCCACACAUCUGUCUCUGCUGGUGCUCACCCCACAUCUCAACCCCUCUGCAUUCUCUUCUACCUUAGACUCAAGUCCUCGUCUUCAAGCCAAUAACCAGCUCUGCCCUUGUGUUCCUUUUGUCUCUUGUUUCCUGCACUCCCCACAUGCUCUGCAAUUUACACAUCCCUUUGCAUUCUUCCUCCACCUCCCUGCGGUGUCCCAUUGUGCCUCAAUGACUAAAAUGUCCUCCCUCAUUGCACUCACUGCAUAAUCGCCCUUCAGAUCUUACCUUACAGACCACUCCUGUCUGCAGUCCCCCAGCGGACACACAAUCCCAUGCCAACUAAUUAAGUCCCUCCUCUCAGUGUCACUGUGUCAGGUUGGAUUGAACCUAGGUUCUGCUUCUGCAAUGCAUGAUGUGUAAGUGGACUGUGGCACCUGCACCAGUCCUGGGGAAGCCAUUGGGGCUCCAUGCAAGUGCAGCAGACUACCACAUCUUGUACACUACAGGAUUGGGACCCUGAACUGUAUGUUUCUCAGGGCAGGGACCUUGUGUGUGUUCUGUUGUUACAGCACCAUUCACACUUCUUGUGCUAUCCAGAAGUUUUAAACUGAUCAGAUGAUGCUAUUCAGUGGAUCUCUGAAGGCCAUUCCAGCAAUAGCUGUGUGUUUUCUCUUAUGAUCAGUGUAUACUUUUUCUUUCAAGAUGUAGUCAUUACAUCAUGUCCGGAUUAAAGUACAACCCUUUCCGUCAUAGAAAUGACAACCCUAAUAAACAUUAUUUGGGAUCAA